AUGGAGGGAACGUCAUCAUCAGAGACUGACACCAAUACGGAUACAAGGCAAAGUCACAUUGUCAAGGCUGAUGAGGUGGACCAGACUGGCAGCGAUAUUUCCCCAGUUCCAGAUGACCAGUUGAUGGAUAAGGUCGCAGAGGAGCUACAGCAACAAAAGCAAUCGCUCGAAGCUCCUGGGAGCUCGGAUGGCCCGACAGAGUCCAAGGUAACUUCACAAAGACCGCAAUUGCGACGUGAGGCCUCUGCUCCUCCACCCCCGCUACAACCACCACCUCCAGCACCCAAUGCACAGGAUGGAGGCCGACUACAGAAUUCUUCCAUAAGCCUGGCUCAGUUGCGGAAGCUUGUGCAGGACAUUCCCAAGAUUGAACAGCCGGCCUACGCCUUUGAAUAUGCCGACGCUCAAUCCUUCCCGGACGAACUCAACGAGUGGUUUCAGUACAACCAGUUUGAUCGCGUGAUGUUGACUGAAAUGAAAAUCUCGUUCGACAGACAAUGGGCUGCCUUUUCUCAACAGUAUGCCCCUGGAAAAGAUGAGCGUUCGUGGACUGAAGUCUCCGAGGACAUGCGCGAGGCUUUUGUUAAACGAUCCCUGGAAGAUCUGCGAAGUGAUGAAGUUUCAACGCGGCUCGAGGCACUGGAGAAUCUCUGCUACGCCGUGACUGGAGUCUGGGGAAUCACCGGUGGGCGCGAAUCACCCGACUACCCCAAGGAGAUGGACACACGGAGCGCAGCUGAAACCCCCCGAUCGAAUUCGCUCCAGAUUUCUUGGAUGGAGAAGAAUGUCAGUCUUCUUCAGAGAUGUUCAGGAAUUGGCGCCCUCAUUCUCAGACUUUCUCAAUUAUAUGAUAAGAACCGGGCCACACUGGGUGUGAACCCCGAGGAUCUGGAAUUGGAACGGCUUAGUCCAGGCGAUAUCGCCGCUCCUGAGCGUGAGGCAAAUCUGGUGCUGACAAUUCUCUACUUCUCCGUUGAAGUCGGUCGGCGACAGGAAGCACGGGAUCCGCAGAAUACUUCGAUACGGGAUGCGCUUGCUGCAUCAAACCCUUGUCUGCUAGUGACCAUUGUGGAAGUAAUUGCUCGGCUGCGGUGGGAUGAAUCCGCAAAUAUUCCACUCACGAGAAUCAUAUUGCUUCUUUGGAAAUCUAUUCUCCUUGUGUUCGGAGGCAGCGAGAAGUUAAAGAAGACCAAAGAGAUACUUGAACCACCUCUGAUUUCAGAAGAGGAGGCUGCAGCCCGCAGAACUCCUUUCCUAACCGCGAAGCCCUUGGACUACCAUCUGUUCCGUCAAGAGAUCACGUCUAAAUACCCAUCGUACAAUCCACCUCCAUCAGUUGUCCCGUUGGAACUCGAGAAUAAUUCUAUUCUGCCGCCACUGCCCCAGCACCCUAACAGGUCAAGUGCGUCCAGUGGCCUUUUCUGUGGAGUUGGGCCACCUAUCACCGGUGGGAAUGGGUCUAUCAUCCAGCAAGCAGUUCACAUUGCAACUCCAGCACCAUCACCGCCCCCGUCACCGAUUGGACCCGGAGGGAAGGCGGGCAAGAAGCAGAAUUAUCAGACAAACCAGAACUUUCCCCUCUUGUACCCUCCAUUGGAUGACACUAGCAAUCAGAUUGGGGGUAAGGGUACGACAGAACGUCAGGAUGUUCUAGUGGGCAAACGCUGGGACGGUAGCGACGUGCCUGCAUCUGUCAUCGAGGCGGGAAAGUUGUUUUCAACUCACGUCAAAAUGACACGAGCGAUGCGACAGAUGUGGGAGGAAAGAGAAAACUUCAUGAAAUAUGACCGAGGCUGGAAUUUUGAACAAUCCCACCCAGCGGUGCCAAAUUUCCCUCCCCUCGAUGAUAUUACAGCUGGACUGGAGGAUUUGAAGCUGGGAGAAGGCGAGUCACACAUUCGCCAGGAAAAGAUAGACGACCCUGAUGUACAGCGGCGACUAGAUGCGGUGGAAGCAUUAUAUGCCCACAUUUUGGCUCAUCUACAGUCCAUAACGAUUGUCUUCCUCAAGAUCAUUCUCACGAACGUCAGCGCCAUGGUGAGCCAGCCAAACUCCCAGGCCUCUCAGAGUACAAGCUCGCAAAACGGCGUAUCGUCUGGACAAUUACCGUCCGAUCUAUCCGUAGACGAACUGGAUAAUAUCCGCCUACGAGAAAUCACCGGCAAAGCUGUGUCUGGCACAUUGCUUCUUUUGUUGAAAUGGUUCAAGCGGUCGCAUAUUUUGAAAUUUGAAUACAUGACCCAAUUGCUGCUUGAUUCAAACUACCUGCCUUUGAUCCUCAAAAUGUUCGCGCAUCAGGACGUGGAUCAAGCCGUGGCGCAAAAAAAUGACCGAGAGGACCUAUCGUUCUUCCACUUCUGCAGUCAAACUACCGAACCUGCAACGCAGCACGCAGACAACGGGGACACUGAGAGUGAGGACGAAGCUGCUCCACCGCCAAUAGCUCGGCAGAGGGCUGCCUUGCAUACCAGCGACAGCGUCAUUCGAGCUUUCUCCCCAGACAGCUCGUUUGAGGAUAUUUUGGAUGGACCCAAGCGGCCAGAAGUUGAUGAGCUUGGAUAUCCUACUGCUCCGCCGCCGAAGGAACCUAUCACGACUUUCUCAUUCCGCAAUUUCUUCUCUGCGAUCAAUUUUCUUCACAUAAUGCAGAAAAUCACGAGAGACAAGGCGCAUCGCUGUCUUCUUCUCGUGCAGUACAAGUCGAGCACUAUCCUUCGAAAAGGGCUUAAGAUUCCGGACCCUCAUCUUCGAUUUUACACUCUCAAGCUCUUCAAGUCGCAAGUACCUUACUGUGGUCGCAAAUGGCGCCAAAGCAAUAUGCGAGUUAUCACUGCUAUUUACCUCUACUGCCGACCGGAGCUGCGGGAUGAUUGGCUUGCUGGUUCGGACGUUGACGCGGAAGUCGAAGAGGCACUGCCUCUUGAGCAGGCUCUUCGGGGACUGACACAUUGGUGGCAUCUUCGUCAGUACAAGGACGUUAUGGGCGGAGAUGCUGGUGCCAACAUCAUGGACGAGGAACGGGAUUUCUUCACCCGCGAACUGGAGUCGAUGGGGUGGGGUUUAGCUGAAGAAGCGGCAAACGGAGAGGAUGCGGAUCAGAGCGGGAAUCCACCAAGUGGUGAGUGGGCGGAUGCCAGUCAAUUUCCAGUAGAUGCUCCCUGGCAACAAACCACCAAGGAGCAAAAUUUUUGUCGCAACGAGCACAAUGUUACUGGUCUGUGCAAUCGCCAGUCAUGUCCACUUGCCAACUCUCGAUAUGCAACAGUGCGCUCCGACCCCGAGACCGGAAACAUGUACCUCUACAUGAAGACUGUUGAGCGUGCUCACAUGCCCAGCAAAUGGUGGGAGCGUGUUCGCCUGUCGUCGAACUAUGCUAAGGCCCUCGAGCAACUUGACGAGCGUCUGAUCUACUGGCCUAAAUUCCUGGUCCACAAGUGCAAGCAGCGUCUCACCCGUCUGACGCAGGUGCAAAUCCGCAUGAGAAACAUUGCCAAGGAGGAGGACCGUCUUGGCGAGAAGAUCGUGCCCAAAUUGGCACCCAAGAUUCGCCGGCGUGAAGAGACCCGGGAGCGCAAGGCUCUGUCCGCAGCCAAAGUUGAACGUGCCAUCGAACGUGAACUCAUUGAGCGUCUGCGCAGUGGCGCCUACGGUGACCAGCCGCUCAACGUCGAUGAGAACAUCUGGAAGAAGGUUCUGCGUGGUCUGGAGCGUGCCGGUGAAGGCGAGCGUGACGAGGACAUGGAUGAUGGCGAGGAGAUCGAGGACGAAGAGGAGGGCGUUGGCGAGGUCGAGUAUGUCAGCGAUCUCGACGAGGAAGAGGAUCUGGAGGACAUUGAGGACUGGCUGGGUGGCGAUUCCGCCGACUCCAGCGACGAUUACGACGAGGAGGAUGACGAGAGCGAUGAAGCGAGUGAUGAGGAGAGUGCUUCCAGCGAGGAUGAGAAGAAGCCCAAGUCUGCCACGAAGCGCAAGCAUGCCGCUCCUCCAGCUAAGCCGCGGAAGAAGGGUCCUCGUAUCGAGAUCGAAUACGAGACCGAGGAUGCUGGCAAGAACCACAUCAUGGCGUAA